AUAGGGAGCCUCCAGCAGCGGCUCACUCAGCUUCUCUUCCCCAGCUGUGAUACUGCUGGAGCCUCUGGGACGCCUGGACCAUGGACCCUGGGGAAUGCACCUGCAUGUCUGGAGGAAUCUGCAUCUGCGGAGACAACUGCAAAUGUACAACUUGCAACUGUAAAACGUGCCGGAAAAGCUGCUGUCCUUGCUGCCCCCCGGGCUGUGCCAAGUGUGCCCAGGGCUGCAUCUGCAAAGGGGGCUCGGACAAGUGCAGCUGCUGCACCUGAAACACAUCUGUUGUGC